AUGUUCUUUCUAUUCAAAAAGCUCUUAGUAUGGUCUGUGCUUUUGUCCUUAACGUUGACCCAGCUCCUUCUGUACUUACCGAACCUCACAUGCACAUCCACGAGUACACUACCGGUUUGUACACCACAGUUCAAUUUUGCCAUUGUCGGUAGCUCCACAACUGCAAAGGAGUUUAUUGGCAGCAUUCGACAAUUUUUGAAGCUGUUGUCGUAUUUGACAAUCGAUAUGGGAUGGUCUAACGAGCUGACAGACUCAAGUAUAUACGAUGAUGCUAAUCUAAUAGACACUUUCAGUGCCGAUAAUGUUUACAAUGUGAAUUAUUUUGGUUACUGUAAGAGAAAUGCCACUAAAACAAUAUAUUGUAUGGGGAGUGGCGACGCUGGAAUGGAUAUACUGGGAGUACUAGUAAGAGACAUCGGUAGUCAAUUGAGCAAACUCUCGACAGUCCAUGAGAACAAUACCGUGUUGCUGAGCAAUUCAAUGGUAUUUACAUAUCAUCUGGCCCUAAAAUCUUUACGAGCCUUCUUCAAGAAGAAUCAGGCAAAGGACAAUUUCCUCUCUAGUUUACUGAUUGGAGAUGUUGGAAAUGAUGGGAAAUCAGGCUAUGUCCCCAAGAGUUACGAUAAAGGCGUAGAAUUUGCUUAUUCUCUAAUGAAAUUUAACCAGAUUUAUUUCUAUUUUCAAACGUUUGAAAUGAGUAUGAGUUGUCUCUACGUGAUUCUAAUCUUCAUCUUUGGCACUACAAUAUUCCUAAAUUUAAAGAUCAAAUUACUCACCAUCCCACUAAAACUUGUGACACUCGUUUUAUUACUCGCAUCGACAGUUACAUUCUCAGUGACGGGAUUAUAUCUCGUGGCACUGAAAGCCAUGGAACCCCCUGACACAUCUCAGCAGGUGGCCGAGCCAGAUUUCAAGUGGGGACUACUAGAAAUUUCUGUGGGGUCUGGCUUCAUCAUAGGCUUCGUACGCUAUUUCAUACAAUUCUUCAUGUGCAUCAUAACUUUCAUAUGUGUCAGACAUUAUAAAACGAGCUCUAAAGAAGAUAAAAAAUCCCUUCAAAAGGAGAAUCCCAAUUACAUGGUUGAGUCUCCAAUUAAGAGUGUUCCCAACUACCGCUACAAAGGUCCAUCACUCUCUGUAUAG